GCUCAUGUUUUUGACGAGUUACUUGAAGGCCUUUAUGCGCAAUGUCGAAGGGUGCGGGGUGGGUCUUGAGCUUUGGCGGGGUUACUCGUGCUCAUCCACGACGCCAAUACGGCACAGCCAAGUUGAACUCCUUAUCAACGCUUGAUGAUAGCCCGAAGAGCGAAGAGGAAAUACCAAAGAAUACAGAGCUAUGGAAUACAGAACUCAAGAUACCCAGCACCACAGAGUACAGCCUCGGCUCAUCAUCCACGGCGGAGCAGGCAACAUCCAGCGGCAUAACUACCCGCCGGAAAAGUACCAGGCUUAUCGCGAUGCCCUCAUCACCAUCGUGACCAAGACAAAUGUCUACAUGACCACGCCAGCGGCAAGUGUCGCUGAGAAGUUGUCCCCUACAAGACGCCUUCCCUCUGCGCUGGACGUGGCGACCUUCGCCGUGGCCCUGCUCGAGGACAACCCUCUGUUCAACAGCGGCCACGGCGCCGUCUUCACCCGCGAUGGCGUCAACGAACUGGAGGCGUCCGUCAUGGUCUCCCGCGGCUACAAGAAGCGCGGCGUGGGCGUCAUGGGCCUCCGCCGCGUGCGCAACCCCAUCGUGCUCGCGCGCAAGAUGCUCGAGCACGGCCAAGACGACCUCCAGCCGCAAGCUGCCCUCAGCAGAGAGCCCCGUGCCGCCGCUCUCGACGUCCCCUCGGCGCAGGGCCACACGCAAAUCUUCGGCGACGCAGCAGAGCAGCUGGCAGCGCAGUACGGAAUGGACCUCGUCGCCCCGGGGUACUUCUUCACGCAGCAGCGCUGGGAUGAGCACCUGCGCGCGCUGGAGCAGGAGAAGAACGGGUCUGGCCUGGCGACCUGGAGCGCCACUGAGUACCUGCCCCAGGGGACCUGCGGCGCCGUGGCCCUCGAUGAGGACGGCGUCAUCUGCGUAGCCACCAGCACGGGCGGCCUGACGAACAAGUUGACAGGCCGCAUUGGCGAUACGCCCGUCGUCGGGGCCGGCUUCUGGGCCGAGGAGUGGAGUGAGGACGGUGAUCCUACUCGGGGCGGCGACGGCGUCUGGCAGCGGUUGCAAGAGGCUGUUACCAGACGGGGUCCAUCUCUUGUCCUCGGCGAUGCCCUCACAGGCGCCCUAGCAGACUGCCUUCCCACGCCGCUGAUGUACUCCCCACUGGCCCCAUGGACCGGUGGCACUACGACGACACGAUCAAUGGGCGGUUCUGGGACCGGCAACGGCGACUCCUUCCUGCGCAUCAACGCCCUGCGCACCGCCGCCGCCAUGGCGAGAUGGAAGCCGGAAACGAGCGCAAAGGCCGUGACGCACGUUGCCGGUCCUGGGGGCGAGCUCGAGAAGAGCGCCGAGGACCGGUGGCGGCGGACGGGCGAAGGCGAGGGCGGCAUCAUCGGGAUCGAGUGUGCCCUUGUUCGCGAUGCGGCUGGGCGGGUUGUCGAAGCUCGAUCCGAGAUCCUGAUGGAUUAUAACUGCGGUGGCAUGUUCCGCGCGUGGAUUGACGACCAUGGCGAGCCCGUCAUGAGUGUGUGGACCAACGGUUCCGUGGACGACCUAUAUAUCAAGCAACACGAGGCUCGUGAAAGAGAGCGGUGAACAGGGAAUGCCAUUGUAUAUUUGAUCUGUACCCAGUUUUGCAGAACCAAAAGCUCCUAUCAUAGAUCCCAGCUCAGGAUCUCUCUCUUUCUCUCUCUCUCUCCCUCUCGCUCAUUUUUCGGCACCCUUGCUCCCUGAGCCA